UCCGGGGAGAGAGUUCUCCAGGAUGGGUUCUGGGAGCACGGUCGCUUUUAUGGUUCUUGGAAGCCUGGGAAAUACCUUUUCCCCAUAGACAAGGAGGAGCUCAAUAGGUUAGAUGUCUUUCACAAGUAUUUCCUCGUUGCAAGAGACGAGAAAGUCACUUCAACUCCCCUGAGGAAAGAUGGACGGCCGAAAAUCAUGGAUCUCGGCACAGGCACGGGCAUCUGGGCGUAUAAUGUUGUGGAAGAGUAUGCCAAGGAUGCCGAAAUCAUGGCCGUGGAUCUCAAUCAAAUUCAACCAGCUCUGCACUUGGCCCCUGGCAUUGGCUAUAUCGAGCAACUGGAGAUUGACUGGAUGCCGCGAUGGGAGAAUGAGGAUCUCCCCAGACAUUCGGCUCUUCAAGAAUGGGCUCAGCUAUUCCAACGUGCCAUGCAUCGCUACCACCGCAGCGUCACGGUAUCAGGCGAGGCUACCAGACGCAGAAUGGAAGCGGCUGGCUUUACAGAUUUCUCCGAAACAACGAUCCGGUGCUACGUAAACCCGUGGUCUCCCGAUCGCCAUCAGCGGGAGUGUGCCCGUUGGUUCAACCUCGCCUUCAGCCUCGGCCUUGAGGCCAUGAGCAUGAUGCCAAUGAUUGACAAACUCGGCAUGACCAAGGACGAUAUC